AUGGGCCUCUUCAAGCGCAACUCGAAAACUAGCGAAAAGGACGAGAAUGAAUCGUUCGUCUCCGUCAACAGCGCUCGAAAUUCCAACACCUCCUUAAGGUCCCCCGGUUACAAGGGCAGUGGUCUUCCGGCAUCUAUCCCUGAGCUCCCCAUUUCGAAACCGCCGGACCCAGCAUUAGACCCCGCCGCCUAUCUCCGAAGCAUCCACGCCGUGCGCGAACGCGCAGCGCUGGUCCUAGGCAGAGCCAGGUGCAACCGACUGAACCACUUCGAUGUCGACAUGAGCAAAUUCAAGGCCACCGCCUCCUAUGUCGUGUCGAUCAUCAAGCGCGACUAUGCGCCUGAUUAUGCGAGCAUUCCGCCUCAUGGCCGCUGGCAACAUUUCGACGUCGGUGGUAGGCCACGAAUUAAUCAGCUUCUCCAGUCAUGGCCUAGCAGUAUUGACGCUCAGGAGCGGACUCGCCGAUUAAUCGAUCUGUUCGUAGUCUCGGUGCUGCUCGAUGCUGGAGCCGGUAAUAAUUGGUCCUACAAGUCCAAAGAGUCCGGCAAGAUCUACGGACGGAGUGAAGGUCUGGCGGUCGCCAGCUUGGAGAUGUUUAAAUCGGGUCUUUUCAGCAGCGAUCCGACAGAGCCCUGCCAAGUGGAUGGUGCCGGAUUGAGAAAGGUCACGGUCGAGAAAUUGGCCAAGGGGAUGCAACAUUCUGAUCAGAAUCCGCUGGUCGGUAUUGAAGGUCGUACUGGCCUGUUGGUGCGAUUGGCAGAAGCUUUGAAUCACCAGGACUUCUUUGGCGUGGAUGCCCGACCUGGAAACAUGCUCGACUACUUUCUGGGUCACCCUUCGACGCUGGCUUCUUCUGUCCCCAUUGUCCCUAUAACCACAGUAUGGUCUGUUCUCAUGGAUGGCCUCUCGCCAAUCUGGCCCGAGUCGCGAACCCAAAUAGACGGGGUGGCUAUCGGUGAUGCAUGGCCGUGCUCGAUUCUCCCUCGAUCUCCGCCCUCGCAGCCAUGGGAGACUAUUAUGCCGUUCCAUAAGCUAACGCAGUGGCUUUGUUUCUCGAUUAUGGUGCCAAUGUCGAAAUUGAUGCAUAUUCACUUCGCCGGCAGCGAAUUAUUGACCGGUCUUCCCGAAUACCGCAAUGGCGGCCUUUUGAUCGAUAUGGGUCUUUUGACUCUAAAGGAACAAGAUUUGGAGCGUGGCAUUCGAGCCUACAAGGAGAAUGCGCAGAUCAAGGGCCAGCCCAGUGUAGAGGUGGUCCCGCUCUUUUCUACCGACGACGAUGUAAUUGUGGAAUGGCGCGCUGCUACUGUUGGCUUCCUGGACGAGCUACUCGAUGAGGUCAACUUCCAGUUGGGACUGAGUGGUUCGGAGGAGCAAUUGACACUGGCCCAAAUGCUGGAGGCUGGUACAUGGAAGGGCGGUCGUGAAAUCGCCGAAGUCUCCAGGCCCAACACUAAGGAGCCGCCCAUUAUGAUCCGUUCCGACGGCACGGUUAUCUAA